CGGGCUCCGUGCCUACCCUGUCAGUGCUGUGGUAGCGCUCCCACAAACGCUCCGACGCAGGGCGGCGUGCUGCCGGAGCUCUUGUUCGCUGGCGGGAAUCUGUUCUAAAAGCGCCUGGGCAAGCGGAAUUGUUGCACGUAACCGUUUCGGUGGCGCGUAUAGGUUUGAGGUCUGGCCGACCGUACUGCUUGCCCUGCUGCUGCACGCCUGCGUGUGUUUUCCACAGCGAAAAUCACUCCGCGUCUCUCUGGAGCACAUCCAGGAUUGCCUACGUUUGUCUCAAACUCGGUGUAUUUUUUUCACGGGGAAUCUUGUUUUUUGUAUUUUCUGUGGAAAUAAAAGCACCAUGUAAGCUCUGAGAAACACGGGGGCCACACAGAGUGGUGCACUGAGGUGCACUGAGAUGCAGAAAUGCUGUACGGGGCUUACGUGGUUUUUAAUGUUUUAAUAUCUUUAGGCUGAAGGGAACCUAGGUGCCUGAUGUCCUGUAGCAGGGCAGCUGGAGGGGAAGCUCAGCUUUCCUCAGUAGAAAUAAUGAAGGGCCCACAGAAGGGCAACACAGCUGUGAGCUGGAGCCGGGUGUCUUAUGGGAGUGGCUGAGGGAAUUGGAAUUGGGAUGGGUCAGUCUGGGGAGCAGGGGAGACCUCAUUGCUUUCUGCAGUUCCUGAAAGGAAGUGGUGGAGAGGUGGGGUUGGCCUCUGCUCCCAGGUAACGGUGAGAGGUGACAGCCAGGGGGAGUUGUGCCAGGUGAAGGUCAGAAUGGGAGUUAGGACAUGUUUCUUCUCAGAGUGGUGAUGCAUAGGCACAGGCUGCCUGGGGAGGUGGGGGGGUCGCCGUCCCUGGAGGUGUUGCAGAGCUGUAAAGAUAUGGUACUGAGGCACGUGGGCAGUGAUCUGGUGAUCGAACAAGAUGACCUUAGGAGUCGUUUCCAACUGUAAUGAUUCUAUGCAAAAGGAUAAUGUGAGAUAUGCUGGUGUGGUUGGGUCACGGCCCUUGCGGAGCUGCUGAAUGCUGACAGGGUUUGAGGAGCUCAGAGGUACCUCUCAGGGCUCACCUGCCCUCACACAGCUGCGUGUAUGUUUGCAGCUCACUGUCCUUGGAAGAGCAGUGUGAUGGAUGUCCUACGGCCCACCCUGGUCAGGAUCGGUGGGCGAGUGUACAGGAAGAACGUCAUUCACGAGCGGGUCCAACAGCAGGAGGAGGAGGACUUCUACACAGGGCCCAGUGACUGUGCGGAUGAACCAUGCGAUGCCUUUGUGGUGGAAGAGACUGAGAAAGGCUUCCAGUGCAGAGUGGAGGUUCCCAGCCCCUUAUACAAGUACAUAAUAGGGAAGAAAGGAGAAACCAAGAAGAGACUAGAAACAGAGACUCGAACCUCAAUCAGCAUUCCCAAGCCUGGAGUGGAAGGAGAAAUUGUGAUCACAGGGCAGCAGCGCGGCGCCGUCAUCUCGGCCCGGACACGCAUCGAUGUGCUUCUCGACAGCUUCCGUAAGAAGCAGCCCUUCACACACUUCCUGUCCUUGGCUCUCAACCAGCCCGUCAUCCAGGAGAAGUUCCUGCAGUUCAAGGAGGAGGUGCUGGAGAAAUGCUCACAGGAUCACGGGGUCAGCAGCAGCCUGUUCCAGAACCCUGCAAAGCUCCACCUGACGCUGGGGACGCUGGUGCUGCUGAACGAACAGGAGAUCCAGAGAGCAUGUGACCUCCUGCAGCAGUGCAAAGAGGACUUUGUAGACCAAAUUACGGGAGGCAAGCCUCUGAGCGUGGAGGUGACUGGGGUGGAGUACAUGAACGACGACCCUGCCAUGAUGGAUGUCCUUUAUGCCAAAGUUCACAUGAAGGAUGGCUCAGACAAGCUGCAGAUGAUAGCUGAUCAGCUGGUGGAGAGGUUCGUCGCCUCAGGUUUGAUGCUUAGGGAAUGGGAUAGGGUGAAACUGCACGCUACUGUCAUGAACACGCUAUUCAGGAAAGACCCAAGCGGUGCUGAAGAGCGAAGCAACACAGUGACUGGUAAAUCAUCCUUCAAGGAGAGGGAGUCAUUUAAUGGGCGAAACAUCCUCAAGCUCUUUGAGAACUUCUCCUUUGGCGAGGCGCAGCUGGACGCGGUGCUGCUCUCCCAGCGCUACUCCUCGGAUGCCUCUGGGUACUAUGGCACAGCAGGGCGGCUGCUACUGCACUGACCAGGGGACGGUUGCUGCACAAGUGAUGGAGAGUAGUGGCUGCGCGUGGCUCAGGGGCAGCUUAUGCCUUGUAGCAUGGCUGUACUGCAGGGGGGAGCCUGGGGCUUGUGGGGGGGUGUGCGAUUCCUCUGCCCUAUUCGGCCACAGUGAGAGCUCAGCUCCAGCAGUGUGCCUGCCUGGUGUCGGCCUACAAAUAAAGGAGUUUUGUUUACGGGCAAGCAUUUGU